CUCGAUCUACACUAGCUUCUAUCUGCUGCGAAGUUUGAACACACAUUCUUCUUCUGCUACUUCAUCACGUAGCUAGCUAGGUACGCACGUACAUAAUAAGAAAAUGGAAAACCAGCAAGCAGGUUAUGAGCUUAUAUCCAUGACAUACACCUGGACCAUCGAAAACUUCUCCAAGAUCAAAACCCGGAAACAUUACUCCGAUGGUUUCGUCGUCGGCGAUUUCAAAUGAAAAGCGCAGAGGGUCUUGUUUUGUUCUUGUUCAUGUCUAAAAUUAUGAUUUUAAACAUGAGAGUUUCCUUGUGGGAAUCUGAACUUUUUGAAUUCAUGGACAUCCUCGUGCCAAGAGUUUGAUGAGGUAAGGCGGAUUGUGGUAUAUCCAAAGGGGAGCAAUGGGAAGCAAUACUUGUCCAUGUACUUGAAUGUCGCAGAUGCUUCAAUGUUACCAUCUGGGUGGACUAGAUAUGCCGACUUCACCUUGACUGUCGUUAAUCAAUUUAACAGCGACAAGUCUAUAACAAUAGACACUCAGCAUCAGUUUAGUGCAAAGAAAAGUGAUUGGGGCUUCACAUCCUUCAUGCCUCUAAGUGAGCUCUAUGACCCGAAUGAAGGGUAUAUUGUGGAUGACGUAUGUAUUGUCGAAGCUGAGGUUGCAGUCAGUAAAGCUGACAUUAAGGCUCUAAAAGACCAAGAAACUGCCUUUCUUGAGCAGGAACUUCAAAGUCAGUCUUCAGAUGUGGAGUCUGUGAAAUAUUCAGAUGCUUCAACAGCACAUACAUCACUUUGUUCUGAAAAGAUGCUUGGUUUUCACGAUGCACUAAUUCCUCGCCCUAUUCAGACAAACGUUGAUUCUCCACAAGCUCCACGCUUGAAAAUAAAACCAAGAUCUGAUGAAGUGCUUCCUUACCAGGAGACUGAUAGCCCAGUUGGCCCUCCCAUAGUUGAUGAAAGCGAUGAAGCUCCUUCCUCCCCAGUUGAUGAGCUCAUAGAUUUCAGGGGGUUAGGGAAAAUAGAUAAAACUUUUGUUCCACUGCUGGAAGAAGUCUGUUUGUGGCAUCCUUCGUUGAUUAGCUGCCAGAGGAAAAGAAGUCGCAUGUUUAGUGAAUGGGCAUUCACAGCUUUGGGUCGAGUAUUGCAUUUCUUGAAGACCACAAAGGUUAAGGAUAUGAUGGAGGAGUCAUGUGAGCAUGAUCCAUGUGAGCAUCUUCAAGUUUUGUGGGAGGAGGUUGAGGCCUUCAGAUUUGACUUGAGUUGGCUGGAGCCUUUUGUUCAAUCAGCUUUGGGAAUCAAGAAGUUUGGGGAGAGAGAAGGAGUAUUGAAGAAACUCAGAGAUGAUGUCGAUGCUUUGGAUACUGAAAUUAAGGGGUUAAGGGAGAGGCUAGCUGUUGUUGAGGUAGCUCACAGGGUUGCAAAAAGAGACCUGACAAAGGCAGAGGAAAGCUUCAGCGAGGCAUAUAUGAACAGCAAGCUUGGUUAUGGGAGGCAUUAGCCUUGCUGUAGAAUUCUGUCUUUGAUAUGCAGCCAUUUGUAAUGUGUGCAGUAUAUCUAAAGAUCUGUAAUCCAGGUUUCCAAACGUAUAUUUAUGUAUGGGAGCGCUGCUUGUGGCUAAAGGUUGUUAUCCAUAUUUGAAACCAGUGAGAAGAUCGCCAUCUGAUUUCUACCAAAUGUAUCGUUCAGAGCCGUGACAUGUAUUUAAAUUUCUCACCCU